AUGCGUAUUCGCCUACAGCCUCGCAGGAGACAACAAGGUAAGCGACCACCGGGUAAGCUGAAUGUUGCCUUGUUGUCUUUGUCCGCUCACCAUCUUCAUUACAGCAAUGAGCUAGCUCAAAGGCUAGACAACCUUCCCAUCGUUGCCGACGCCGCCGCUGCCGAGAACGCCUCCGUGGAGAACCGUUGGUGUCAACUGCGAGACACGGUCCAGUCGACGGCGCUCGCCGUCCUCGGUCGCGCACGUCGCCAACACCAGAACUGGUUCGACGACAACGACGCCGCCAUCAGAAAUCUGCUUGCUGAGAAGAACCGCCUACACAAAGCCUACGUAGUUCACCCCACUGAUGCCACCAAAGCUGCCUUCUACCGCAGUCGCCACCAACUUCAGCAACGACUGCGCGAGAUGCAGGACGCUUGGACUGCUCGCAAAGCUGAGGAGAUCCAAGGAUACGCGGACCGCAACAAAUGGAAGAACUUCUUCUCUGCGAUCAAAGCUGUCUACGGUCCGCCGACGAAGGCCACUGCCCCUCUCCUCAGCGCCGACGGCAACACUCUCCUGACUGAGAAGACGCAAAUCCUACAGCAAUGGGCCGAGCAUUUCCGAGGCGUCCUCAACUGCCCCUCCGUCAUCUCCGACGCCGCCAUCGCCCGCUUGCCGCAAGUGGCGACCAACGUGGACCUCGACCUUCCGCCAUCUCUCCAGGAGACCAUCAGGGCCGUGCAGCAGCUCUCCAGCGGGAAAGCACCCGGAUCGGACGCGAUCCCUGCUGAGGUCUACAAGCACGGAGGUCCCCAACUGAUGGAUCACCUGACUGCGCUCUUCCAAGAGAUGUGGCGUCAAGGUGAAGUCCCGCAAGAUUUCAAAGACGCAACUAUCGUGCAUCUCUACAAGCGCAAAGGGAAUCGCCAAAUCUGCGACAAUCACCGCGGCAUCUCCCUGCUGAACAUCGGCGGGAAGCUCUCCGCCCGCAUCCUUCUCAACCGCCUCAAUAACCAUCUGAAACAGGGCCUUCUGCCGGAAAGCCAAUGCGGCUUCCGUCGUCAUCGUGGGACCACGGAUAUGAUCUUCGCCGCCCGUCAACCUCAGGAGAAGUGUCAGGAGAUGCGGACCCACCUGUACUCUAUCUUCGUGGACCUGACGAAAGCCUUCGACACGGUGAAUCGUGAAGGACUGUGGAAGCUCAUGCAGAAAUUCGGCUGUUCGGAGCGAUUCACUCAGAUGGUGCGUCAGCUGCACGACGGUAUGAUGGCGCGAGUCACGGACAACGGAGCUGUCUCAGAGGCAUUCGCAGUGACCAAUGGAGUGAAGCAGGGCUGCGUACAGGCGCCUACCCUCUUCAGUCUUAUGUCCUCUGUCAUGCUGCUGGACGCCUACCGCGACGAAAACCCCGGGAUCUGCAUCGCCUACAGGACGGACGGUCACCUCCUGAAUCAACGGCGGAUGCACUUCCAAUCGCGCGUAUCCACAACCACAGUUCAUGAACUCCUCUUCGCCGACGACUGCGCCCUGAACACCACCUCGAAUGAGGAGAUGCAACGGAGCAUGGACCUAUUCUCCGCCGCCUGCGAGAAUUUCGGUCUGGUCAUUAACACGCAGAAGACGGUGGUGAUGCACCAACCGCCACCCCACUCAGCCACAGCCCCCAACGCGCCGCCGCAAAUCAGCGUGAACGGAACCCAACUGCAAGUGGUGGAGAACUUCCCGUACCUGGGCAGUACUCUCUCCCGCAACACCAAGAUCGACGACGAAGUCGCCAACAGGAUCUCGAAAGCCAGUCAAGCCUUCGGUCGCCUCCAAAGCACAGUUUGGAAUCGCCACGGUCUUCAGCUGAGCACGAAGCUGAAGAUGUACAAGGCCGUCAUCCUGCCGACACUACUGUAUGGAGCGGAGACUUGGACGGUCUACGCAAAGCAGGCGCGUUGUCUGAACCACUUCCACCUCAGUUGUCUUCGUCGCAUCCUGAGGCUGAAGUGGCAGAAUCGAAUCCCCGACACUGAUGUGCUGGAACGUACGGGAAUCCUCAGCAUCUACGCCAUACUGAGGCAAAUUCAGCUGCGCUGGAGCGGCCACCUGGUGCGCAUGGACGAGGAGCGACUACCCAAACGAGUCUUCUACGGAGACGUCGCGACGGGUUCUCGCCGUCAUGAGGCCAGAUUCGCCGUUACAAAGAUACCCUGAAGUCCUCCCUGAAACACCUGCAAAUCAACCCCAUCAACUGGGAGGAGCUCGCACUCGAUCGACCGACCUGGAGGAGGACAGUGAAGACAGGCGCUGCGAUCUACGAAGCCAACCGCAUCGCUGCCGCCAAAGCGAAACGCGAAGCCCGCAAAUCACAACUUCGCCCCGUACGCAACGCCGCCGCACAACCGCUCCCAACGUGUCCUCGAUGUCAACGGACAUUCCGGGCUUGAAUCGGACCUUUUGGGCAUCUUCGGAUUAACUGCGCCUCUCGAACGGCACCAGCCAUCGUUCCCCCGCCCGCCUCUUCCUCCUCCUCCUCCUCUCCGCCGCCAACUAACUCUGACAAUUCUUCUGACCCACCACUUCCAUCAUCCUCCCCCUCCUCCUUGCCCACUGCUCCAACGGCAGCCGCUAAGGCGACUGUCCCGCCCGCAACAACCGACACUACCACCACCUCCCCCGACUCCAGUGAUGAGGAUCAGGACUACACCUGCCCUCACUGCGACCGUGCCUUCACCUCACACAUCGGCCUGGUCGGUCACUUGCGAAUCCAUCGCACAGAGACUGGCGAACUAGUGCGUGAAGCACCAACCUACACCCACAGCACUCGCCUCCACUGCCCACACUGCCCUCGCACUUUCAGGCAUCUCAUGGGCCUGUUCGGCCACAUGCGCAUCCACGACGACCUGCGGUAG